GGAGAUUGACAGUAAGAAAUCUAAUUUCAACAUUUCAUCUUGUGACAAUACUGUUCCAUCAAUUUCAAACCAGUGCAAUAAUUUUGAGAAUUAUUAAAGAUAAAAUAUGGCUGUCCCAGGAAAAAAAGCAUCAAAACAAAUUUCAUCUUCGACACAAUCCAUGGCAUCAGACGAAGAUCUUCAAGUUUACUGUCAAGCUUGUGACGAGGAAGGAACCAGACUUCCUGCCCAUGGUUACUGCAUAGAUUGCAAGGAACAUUUAUGUAAGACAUGUUUUAAAGUCCAUAAAAAACAUAAACUUUCCAAACAUCAUACACUUCUGGAUGCAACAAGAAUGCCUAAAGUUCUGAAUAAGCCCUCAACAUCCACCCACACUUGCCAGUCUGAUGAACUUUCCACACCCUGUUCCAAACAUCCGAAAGAAAUGAUCAAGUUCUACUGCCACGACCAUAAAGAAUUACUCUGCAGUGUUUGUGUUAGCCUUGAACACCAAGCUACAUCCUGCAAGGUCGGCUAUAUACCUGAUAUUUCUGGUUAUAUAACAGACAGCAAAGCAUGUCAAGAUAUUUUGAAAACAAUAAAGAGCACUUCUGACCAAUAUCAGCAGUUUGUAGAAGAUGCCAAAAAGAUGACAAACAAAUCCAACAGCUCUCUUAAAGAUUCAUUAUCAAAUAUUAAAAAGUUUCGACAUGAAAUCAACCAAAGACUAGAUGAACUGGAGAGGCAGAUUGAAGAUGCAGUUAAAGUCAUAGAACAAGAAAAUAACAAACAUCUGAAAGCAGUAGAAGAAAUAUGUGGAGAUAUAAGUAAAUCGCUGAAGACAUCAUCAGACACCAUCAAACAACUCAAUACAUCAAAACAAGCUGAUAAACUCUUCAUGGAACUUAAACUUGCAGAGAAAACAAUGAAAAAUGUGGAGGGAAAGAAUCUACAACUCCCAUCAUAUGAUAUCAAAGAACACAAAUUUAAAGCAAAUGAGGCAAUAUUAGAUUUUCUUAAAACAGAGAAAUAUUUGGGUACACUGACACAAAAAACAUUAAAAAUAAAAUCUCCAUCUGUACAAAUUAAGUCUAGACAAUAUUCACAUGAGGGAGAAAUCUGUGUGAAGACAUCAAAAGAUAAAGACAGAUGCUGGAUAACCGGAAUGACUCUGCUGACUCCUGAUUUUCUUAUCAUCACUGACUUUGAUAACAAAGCUGUAAAGAUGGUGGAUACCAGCAGACAAUCUGUGUCUGAUCAACUUCAACUAGAUGAUGGACCAUGGGAUAUCACACAAGCAACCAGUACUGAACUUGCUGUCACACUUCCUGACAAACAAACAAUACAGUUUAUAUCAAUCUCAUCAAACAAACUUAAAAAGAAGCACACUAUCAAAGUGAAUGGAGAAGUUUUUGGUAUAAGCUGUUACCAAGGUAAACUUGUUGUGACAUACUGUGAUCCUGCAAAACUCCAGAUCCUUAAAAUGAAUGGCACUAUACUGACAACAAUUGAUGAUAAAAAUAUUUUUGAAGCACCAUUAUAUGUAAAAUGUAAUAAAAGUUUUAUCUAUGUAUCUGACCGUGCAAUGAAAUCAGUAACAAGAUUAAACUGGCAGGGUGAUGUGAUAGGUAGGUAUAGCUGUAAAGUCCAGCCAAGAGGAAUAUCACUGUCAGAUGAUGGUACUUUAUUUAUGUGUGGCUGGAACAGAAAUGUCAUAGAAGAGAUAUCAGCAGACUGCUCUACAGGAAAGGUUGUUCUGCAGGGUGUGAUUAAUCCAUUUGCUGUAUGUUGGUCUGAGGAAACAAAGAAGUUGUAUUUCAGUUGUCACUCUUUAAAUGGAGAUGAAAAAGAUAACACCAUUUACAUCUAUAAACUGUCAUAAACUGGAACAAAAAAAAGAAACAUUUCUGAAUACAUGGUGUUAACAUACCUGGAAAUUUAUUAUUCUGAAAAAAUAUAAAAGGUUAACCAUAAACCAUAAAAAUAUAUAGAGGAUAUUCAAGUUUUUUUCUGUAGAUACGUGAUUUAUAUUCAUCGAGUGGUAUGAAAAUAAAUAUUUCAUGAGUGGCGGUAGCCACGAGUGAAAAAUGUUAAUUUUCAUGCCACAAGAUGAAAAUUAAUCAUGUGGUUACAGACAAAAGCUUGAAUUUUCUGUUUAUUAUAUACAUUUUCCUCAUUUCUGACAUUACAAUUUGAAAGACUUUCCCUUAAAUGUUGUGUACUGGCAGAAUUUAAAAGAAAGAAGUCCGUCUAGACACCAGUGAAAAUACGGAAAAUAUGUUAUACCACAUUGAAAAAUAAUUUUUUACAGUGAAAAUACGGAAAAUAAAAAUACGCAUUUUAUUUCAUCAAUAUUUCUCAAUUUUUCAUCUAUAAGUAUGUAAUAAAUUGUGUAACUGUGACAUUUUUCCUUCCUUUAUAUAUUUCCAGAAGUAGGUAAUCUUUCCGUGAUAUAUCAACAUAUCAACUGAUUGAAUAGUCAGCAGGGCAAAUUAUGAUCAGACAACAUACUCCUAUCUUGCUUUGCACUGGUUGUACAUAUUGAGUAUGUUGCUGCUUAAAAGAUAAAGAAAGAAAGAAAAACACAUUCUGAAUUUCAAUAUAUUAUAUGACUUUAUUAUCAUCAACAAUAAAAAGGAAAUCAUACAUAGAUCAUGAAGGUAUAAGCUGUCGAGUAUUUGAAUCAAAUUGUAAUAUUGGAUAAUCAUUACAACAUAAUUUAAAGUGAUAUACAACUUUUUUACUUUACAUUAGUAUAUUGUUAUUAAACUGAUCUUGUACGAAACAUAAAUGAAGA